AUGCACGAAUCACUGAAGAAGAGACCAAUUCGCUACCUUACAGAGGCAGAACGAAGCCGUCUUGAAGAAUUUAUUGAGAAUAUUCAUUAUUCAACAAGAUAUUCUGAUGAUACACAUGAAUAUAGACACGUUAUUUUGCCAAAAUCUAUGCUUAAAGUUAUUCCAAAAGACUAUUUUAAUCAGGAAACGGGCACAUUGAAAAUCUUGCAUGAAGAAGAAUGGCGUGGAUUGGGAAUUACACAGAGUCUCGGAUGGCAACAUUAUGAAAUUCAUGUUCCUGAGCCACAUAUUCUCUUAUUCAAGAGAGAGUGUGAUCAUCAAGCGAAAUCUGCUCAGCAGGUUACACAAAAACAAGUAACUGCAUAG